CUCCGCGUCGCGAUGGGUCGAGGGACGGUGCAAAUGCUACUGCUCUUGGGGCUCCUGCACUGGGGCCCUGGCGGGGAGGGCAGGAAGAGCUGGAGGCGGCGUGGACCGCAGCAGCAACCCGCCGCGGCGGCCCGAGAGCGAAGCGAAGCGGCUGGGCAGCCGGUGGAGAGCUUCCCGUUGGACUUUACCGCUGUGGAGGGGAACAUGGACAGUUUCAUGGCUCAGAUCAAGAGCCUGGCGCAGUCGCUGUACCCUUGUUCCGCGCAGAAUCUGCACCAGGAGCUGAGGCUUCACUUGCUUCUGAACAGCUCGGUCACCUGCAACGACGGCAGUCCAGCGGGCUACUACCUCAAAGAAUCAAAAGGCAGCAGAAGAUGGCUUCUAUUCUUGGAAGGAGGCUGGUAUUGCUUCAGCAGAGAGAAUUGCAACUCUCGUUAUGAAACAAUGAGGAGAUUAAUGAGCUCCAAGGAUUGGCCCAUUACCAGAACUGGAACAGGCAUUUUGUCAUCACAACCAGAAGAAAAUCCUCAUUGGUGGAAUGCAAAUAUGGUUUUCAUCCCAUAUUGCUCAAGUGAUGUCUGGAGUGGAGCCUCUGCCAAAACUGAGAAAAAUGAAUUUGUCUUCAUGGGUGCUCUCAUCAUACAAGAAGUUGUAAAGGAAUUAUUGGGGAAAGGCCUUGGAAAUGCCAAGGUGUUGCUGUUGGCAGGAAGCAGUGCUGGUGGAACAGGAGUCCUCUUGAAUGUGGAUCGAGUGGCUGAACAGCUGGAAGAGCUGGGAUAUCCUGGGAUUCAGGUCCGUGGUCUUGCAGACUCUGGCUGGUUCUUGGAUAAUAAACAAUAUCGUAGGACAGACUGCAUUGAUACCAUAACCUGCGCCCCCACAGAAGCCAUCAGGAGAGGAAUUAGAUAUUGGAAUGGACUUGUUCCUGAACGCUGCAAAAUGCAGUUUAGAGAAGGAGAAGAAUGGAAUUGUUUCUUUGGCUAUAAAAUUUAUCCUACUCUCCGAUGUCCUGUUUUUGUGGUGCAGUGGCUGUUUGAUGAAGCUCAACUCACUGUGGACAAUGUACAUUUGACUGGCCAGCCUGUACAGGAAGGACAGUGGGUUUAUAUCCAAAACCUGGGCCGUGAAUUGAGGAAUACUCUCAAAGAUGUGACAGCCAGUUUUGCUCCAGCUUGUUUGUCCCAUGAGAUCAUAACACGCAAUCACUGGACAGACAUCCAAGUGAAAGGGACCUCUUUGCCCCGAGCUCUGCACUGCUGGGAUCGCAGUCUACAUGACAGCAAUAAGAAUGGGAAAGCCCCAUUAAAAGGCUGCCCGGUCCAUCUGAUUGACAGCUGCCCGUGGCCACAUUGUAACCCAUCAUGCCCUACCAUCCGGGACCAGUACACCGGCCAAGAGAUGAAUGUGAUCCAAUUUCUCAUGCAUAUGGGUUUUGAUGUGCAGAAGAUGGCACAGCAGCAAGGGCUGGAACCCAGUAAACUUCUAGGGAUGCUGAGCAGUGCUAGCUAG